AAAAAUUUUAGGUUGGCAAUAGAAAUCAUCUCAAGUCGCGAAAAUAACACCGAUCAACAGCUAUGAAAUUUGUGUUCUUCAACUUUAAUGGGACAUUUCGCCCUUAGUUUUCUACAAAUCACUUAAAAAUUCUCGUAGGUUUUCCCGAGGAGAUCUUCGAAGUUAUAUUCAAAGAAGUUGUAAAAAUCGAUUGGGCAUGGUUUACUGUACGGAAAUUCCUCCUUUUGGCCAAUAAAGACAUGGAAAAGUGCACUGUGUAUUGCUUGUGGGAAAAGCAAUUAUGAUUCCAUUAUUUUAAUAACAGCGAAUUUACCUGAAUCCUAAGUGGGUUUUCUCACUAGCAACCAGAAGAAAGACAGGUUAGGUUGCUUCCCAAGUAUUCGCCGAGGUUUUUUUCAUUGAGAACAAUGGAAUAGUGCACAAGCAACAUGAGUGAAACGGUGAAUAUUUCCAAACCAGUUCUCGAUCAGAAUAACAUACCGAUAGAAGAGUUACUGGGAUCUGUCACGACUUACAACAAUGUUGACGGUUCCGACUGCAAAAGCCAGCAACUACGGACGAGUGCUCGUGUGUUCAAGAAGAUGAAAUUGGACUCUGCGAACUCCGUACCGACGUCCUCAACAGCGGAACCGAAAAAAGAAACUACAAAGGAGGAGGUAAAACCCGAGGCGAAUAAACGUCAGUUGCGUCCCACAUGGUCACAAGAGGAUAAGAAUUUGUUCUUCGAAGCAUUGAACGAGUUCGGCAAGGAUUUUGAAUCGAUCUAUUUAUCUAUUGCGGCGAAAUUGAAACGAAAAGGACUUCCGGAUUCGGUAUUGAAAACAAAAGACCAAGUUAGACACUUUUAUUACCGCACAUUUCACAAGAUCUCCAAGCAUUUAAAGUUUUCAGAUGACAUAAAAAAAUUGGCACAAGAACUUUACGCACUAAUCAACUACGGAGAGCUGAGAAAGAAGCUCGGCUCGGUCAGCGAGAAGACCUGCAUGAAGCUAAACGAGCUCAUAUAUCGUGGCACGGUUUGCGUACGAUUUAAAGGGAAAACCAUACGCGUUAAAACGCCGAUGUGUAGAGCGCUCCGUAAGCUGAAUCAGUUGGACGAGAAACACGACGAUUUGAAAUUGCCGACGCGCGUCAACGUCGAGCUGGUCGCCAAAGACAUGAGCACGUGGUUACGGAUUCAGGGCAUAUCGCAGAAUCCGCGAAUUAAAGCAUCACUUCCUUUACAGAAAAGACUGAGUACGUUAAUGAAGUUCUUGACGUGCAAGUGGCAGACUGCGGAUUCAGUAGCUUACGAAAAUAUGUUAAAUUCAGCGAACGAAUAUACUCGCGAUUGUGUGCCGGAUAAAAAAAUUAUAGACGUUCACAAGACCGCAUUAGAUCCUCUUCUAAGACUAAGUCCGCAACCGAAAACUCCAAUCGAAUUGCCUAGCAUUAAUUUAAGCGAGUACCUUACCAGUCAUAGCAUUUGCCUGAACGCUUUCGAGGAGAGGAUCGGCGUAAAAGUUCCGGGCGAACAGUUGUGGGUUGUUAAAGGUGCGGCAAAGAAGGGCGGUUCCAAACGAUCUCGAAAUGAAAGUACGGGUGAUAAGGCGAUAGUUACAAGUAGUAAGGGCGGAGCCACGUCGUCUCAGACGGACAGUAACGAGAACUGUAUCAAGUCGGAGGUCACGAGCAAUUUCGACCAAGUUAUAGAUGAAGCUGUGAACACGAUACUGUCGCUGCAAAAUCAGGAGAAUGUGAUUCCCGAGCACAAGGAAGUCGUGAAGGUCGAGUGCGUCGAAGAAGUUAAGGACAAAGGCGCCGUUAAAGAAGAGUUUAUUAGUAAUGUACGAAAGGGAUGGUCUUCGCAGAAUUGUGGCACUUUAUCUAUAGGCGAGCUUUACCUUAUGUUCGGAUCUAAUUCGAAACUAAUCCUAGAGUAUAGUUGGGAUAACGACGCAGAAGUCAAAACCUGUGAUAACGAGGAUGGGGUAUCGGAAGAUUCUCCAAAUGUUCUUCAUGGAACGCUUUCGAGGUUACUGUCCAUAGCGAAAAUGCAGUACCGGAAAAAUAUAAUACACUGCCCUUGCGGGCACAUUUGCAAUGGAAGUAAACCGAACACUGCUAAAUCGAAACCUCUCACUCCUAAGACAAACCGACUCGCUAAUGUGGACAAAGGAGAAUCUCAAGAGAAAGCGCCUACUGUUCAGAAUAGUUCUGCCACGCCAGUAGUGGUACAAUCAUCGACGCUUUUUCGCCGACCGGUAUCUCCAAACAUCGACGUACUACGUGCACAACUAGCGUCAAUCCAACGAUUGCAGCCGCGCUACUGCAACAGACGCGGCCGACGGCCGAGAUCGAAACAGGUGGUCGUUGAGAGACGACUACCCCUCUUGCCCAACAAAACGGGCACCGGGCGGCAGAUAGUGCAAAUGAACAUCAUCGCGCAGGACAACACUCCUCGUUCGAUAGCGCCUAAGAUCGUAAACAUCGACCGAAGCGAGCAUAACAUCUCAAACGUCGUCAACAUAUCGUCCGAGUCGACCGACAACACCACGGUCGAUCCCCCCGCGCUGGACGUCUCGGAUAACGCCGUCACGCUUAGUCGCGUCGGUUCCCCCACGAGCAUCUCGAACCUCCUGGACCUGGCGAUGGCUCAACAGACCGGGGAGAUCUUAAACCAAUCAGUAUUAGAGAACAAAGAGCUGCCGAGUUUUUCAGGUUUGCUCUCGUCGAACGGCACGCCUCCGACGAGUCCGUCGCGAAUUUUAAAGGAGAACGAACAUCACUGGUUAAACUCGGAGGUCGCGGACUUUUCGCUGAGCAGCUUUCUGGGCCAUCUGGAAUCUCCGAUGAAAACGACACAGUGCGGAGUGCAGACGGAUGACAAUCCGCUCUCGUCGCAAGAUAUGGACGCGCAACUGCAAUGUUUACUUACUGAGAGUAGUGUGGACUACGUCGCAAAGUUUGCCGAUUUGGCGGCGGAGGUCGUAUCCGAUGUCAAAAAAUGAGUGUCUCAAAUUGGUGCAGUUAUUUAAAGUAAAAGUACAGUGAUUUUCCAUAUGUAAUAAUAGUGUUUGUUUAAUUCUGUUGAGAUUUUCAUUUGUAUUUUUUUUAUGAAGGAGUUUCAUUUAUUUAUGACACAAUUGUCAUUUGAUAUAAAAAUACAUAUUUAUCUGAGUGCAA